AUAUUCCGCUAUGGGGAUAGUUAAUCUGUCGAUUAUAAGCUAUAUUUAGUUAGAUAUACAGUUCAUUAGGCUGCUUCUGAACACGAUGAAUUUUUUUUAUUUCACCAUUGUAAGUAUAAUCGAUUGUAUUUCGAAUUCUUCAGUUUAAAAAUAUGAAACUCGCGGAAGAUUUGCGCUGGACAUGCGAGAUUAGCGUCUUAGUUUCUCUGAUAAAGCAGAGUGAGAAAGGUCCGUUUUACUCGCGAUUAAAGUUUGGAUAGUACUUACCGAAAGAGGUGGUAAUAUUGUAUUUACAUAUUGUAUUACGUAUUCUUUUAUCAUUUGCUCGUAAUUUGCAUAAAUAUUAAAUAGUUGACGUCGUCUUGACGUUGUCCACGUUUCAGUCUCUCAAAUGCCACGCAAAUUUGUGAACGUAUGCUUUCGUUUAAAAUACGAUAAUAUCACAUAUUUUGAUAGAAAAUACAUGUAAUAACAUUAUUACAGAACACAGAUUGGAAAGUAAAAGAUAAUUUUUGCUUGGAAAUAUAUUUUCUAUUGGUACAUCACGUGUAACGAAUUUAAUAAAAUAAUGUAAUGUAAAGAAUAUGCAGGAGUAUUUUUGUUUAGAAAAACAAUGAUUUUUUUGUUUUAUGUUUCAGAAGUAUCUUUGACAUGGAGCUUAAAUGUAAAGUACAAACUUAUGACUGGGGAAGAUAUGGUAUUGAUAGUAUUGUGGCAACGUUAAUGAAAUCUUCCAACUCAGAGUUUGCACUAGAUGAAAAAAAACCAUAUGCUGAACUGUGGAUAGGUACUCAUCCUAAUGGGCCAUCAUAUAUGAAAGAUUUAAAUAUAUCGUUGGAAGAGUACAUAAAACAAAAUAGUGAUGUGUUAGGAAAUGAUGCUCAGAAAGUAUUUGGUCAUCAUUUGCCAUUUCUCUUUAAAGUGUUGUCUGUGAAUAAAGCACUAUCUAUUCAAGCACAUCCAGAUAAGGAAAAAGCGAAGCAAUUGCAUCAGCAAUAUCCUACUAUUUACAAAGAUGCAAACCAUAAACCAGAACUUGCAAUAGCAUUAACACCUUUUGAGGCUCUUUGUGGUUUCCGUCCAAUCAGAGAUAUACAAGAGUUUCUAAAAAUUCUGCCUGAAUUGCGUGCUGUAAUAGGAGUAGAUAAAGUAUUUAAAUUUAUGACAACGGAUGAUGCAGAUGACACAGAAGCAUUGAAAACAUGUUUUCACAGUCUCAUGACUUGUGAUUCUGGAUUAAUAGCUUUGCAACUUAGGAAAUUGCUUGAUAGACUGUCAAAUUUGGAUGAAUCUUUAAGACAAACUUUACAUGCUAGUUUGUUAGAAAGACUGUAUUCAGAUUUUCCAGGAGAUGUAGGAUGUUUCGGCAUUUAUUUUUUCAACUUUAUAACGAUGCAGCCUGGUGAAGCAAUAUAUCUUCCACCAAAUGAACCACAUGCAUAUCUUUCUGGUGAUUGCAUUGAAUGUAUGGCAUGCUCUGAUAAUGUAGUGCGCGCAGGAUUAACUCCUAAACUAAAAGAUGUGCCAACGUUAAUUGAAAUGUUAAAAUAUACUUGCGAACCAAUUUCUGCAAAAAGAUUUCAACCUUCUCGUGAGGAUGAAUGUACGGAAGUAUUUCGUCCUUCUGUACCAGAUUUUGCUGUUGCCAAAAUAACAAUUCCUCCAGGAAGACCAUCAUACAAUAUAAUUCCAAGAAAUACGGCUAGCGUUUUAAUAAUCGUAAAUGGGAAAGGUGAAAUUUCACCGUCAAAGAUCCUUCAUCGAGGUUCUGUCGUAUUUAUUCCGGCGAAUCAAAAAGUCGGGAUCAAAGUCUUAUGUGGAUGUCAUCCGAUGUUGAUGUUCCAACCUUUUAUUAACGUU